GAAGCAGAAUUCACUUUAUGUUAUGCAGGCCAGAGAAAGAUUAUCUCCCCGACAUUUCAGGUAUGCCUUUAAACUCUUGUGUUGAUUGUUUAGCUGGAAAACAACACAGAGUUGCAUUUCAUACUCGUCCCCCACAUAGAAGAAAGCAUGCUUUAGAUCUUGUUCAUACUGAUGUUUGCUCUAUGGAUGCUAGAUCACACCGUGGUGAUGUUCCUCAGAGAGUUUGGUCAGGGAAAGAUGUCUCCUAUAAGCAUUUGAGAGUCUUUGGCUGUAGAGCAUUUGUUCAUAUUCAUAGAGAUGAGAGAUCCAAGCUUGAUAAGAAGACCAAAGAGUGCAUAUUUUUGGGGUAUUCAGAGGAUGAGUUUGGCUAUAGACUAUGGGAUCCACGUGAUAGGAAAGUGAUCAGAAGCAGAGAUGUGGUUUUCUUUGAAGAUCAGACUAUUGAAGAUUGUGAGAAGAAGCAGGCAAAUCCUUCUCCAUGCAUCACAGUUGAUCCAGUUUUACCUCUUCCUCCUGUUGUAGUCCCUCAAGAUCAUGGGGGAGAUAUGCAUGAUCAUACAGUUGAGUCUCCUGCAGAUGACCUUUAUGAUGAUGAUAAUCAUGAUGAUGGUGGUGAUGAUAUUCUAGAGUCACAACCACAUUCAGAGUCACUACCACCUCAGUUGAGAAGAUCCACCAGAACUCACACAAGUGAGAAUUGCUCGAAUAUGUUGACCAAGACAUUGCCGAAGGAGAAACUCGUGUUUUGUCGAGAGAAGGCCGGUUUGUUUGCUCACUCCAUGUAGGAGUGAGGGGGAGAUUUGUUGGGAAAUUUUCCUCCUACAUGGAGGAAGUGUUCAAUUUUAAUUGGACAACACAUUAUAUCUCUCUUUUACAUUUGGGCUUAUUUUUGUGUGUAAAGUUUUAGCCCAAUUGUUUUUUUUGGUGGCCCAUAUAUUAAAUAUAUAAAAAAAAGAAGAGGUGUAGAGAGAGUACUGGCAGUAGCUACGCAGG